CCAGCCCCAAUCUGGAACCUCUCCAGUUUUUGCACCAAAAAAAGAAAAAAAAAGAAAAAGAAACACACACACACCCCGGUAUCUUAAAAUAGAGAGCAGGGAGGGGAGAGGAGCGGCGGGAUCCUCCCAGCGCGGCGCAGGGUAACAAUGGUGCUCGGCGGGGAGCAGCGGGCGCCCUGAUUGACAGCCCGGGCGUCCUAAAAAAGGCCGGGGAGAGAUGCUUAUCGCAGGGUUUAUAUAGCGGGGGAGCCCGGCGCCGCGGAGCGGGGAGGCGGCGGCAGCAGCAGCAGCCGGGGCAGCGCUCGGAGCCCAUGCGCGGCCGGCCGCGGCCCGCGCAGCCCCGCGCAGCGCCGCGCAGCCCCGCGCAGGGCGGCCAUGCAGUGCCCGCCGCGGCUCGGCGCGCCCAAGGCAGGCAGGCGGCGCUACAAGACCUUUAUGAUCGACGAGAUCCUUUCCAAGGAGACCUGCGAUUACUUCGAGAAACUUUCCCUCUACUCCGGCUGCCCGUCCCUCCUGGUCCGGCCCAAGCCGCUCCACUCCUGCGCCGGGUCUCCUUCUCUGAGGGCAUAUCCUCUCAUCUCCGUCAUCACCAGGCAGCCCUCCGUGGUCCCUCACCUCGUCCCAGCUGCCACCAGCUCCCACGUGCUGCCAGCCCAGGCCUCCUCGGGGACUGCGAGCUCGGAGACACCCGCCAGCGAGACCCAUGCCAGCAGCGAGUCGGAGGCAGAGCAGCCCACGCCUCGGUUAAAAAAGCCACGCCGGAGUAGGACCAUCUUCACGGAGCUCCAGCUGAUGGGCCUGGAGAAGAAAUUUCAGAAGCAGAAGUAUCUCUCUACCCCUGACAGGCUUGACUUAGCCCAGUCAUUGGGGCUGACUCAGCUCCAGGUGAAGACAUGGUACCAGAACCGUAGGAUGAAGUGGAAGAAAAUGGUGCUGAAGGGUGGGCAAGAAGCUCCAACGAAGCCCAAAGGUCGUCCAAAGAAAAACUCCAUUCCCACCUCGGAGGAAAUUGAAGCAGAAGAGAAAAUGAACAGCCAGGCGCAGAGUCAGGAGCUGGAGGGAUCUCAAGCUCCCGAGGAGCCUAAGCUGACAGAGGAGAAGCCAGAAAUCUCUUUGGAGACGGAGAAGUCUCCAGAACAUAUACCAGAGCCCUCCUCAGAGGAGACUACACCAUUAAGUUAGAAGGGAAAGAAAAGGGGGAAAAAGAAAAGCAAAAAAGCUAAAAGAGAAAAAACCAAAACCAAAUAUAUAUAUG